CGGGACCUUUAAACAUCUAUUCUGGACUGUGGGCUGUGUUAUGAAAACCGGGAUUGUCCCGCGAAAAGCGGGGCUGUUGGACGCUGGGUUAAUUAUACCUAAAAAGGAUUUCAAGCAUCUCCCUUGAAGCCUGGCUAUUUGACUUGAGCAGAUGUCUUGUGUGCUACAGUGAUGGAGGAGGAUGUAAAGCUAGAUGGCAAUGAAGGGGACCAUAUCACAACAGCUAAGUUAGAUCGCAAGAUUUCUGUCAGUGAAUUCUCUUGUCACUGCUGUUACGAUAUCCUAGUAAAUCCAACUACACUGAAUUGCGGCCACAGCUUCUGUAGGCAUUGCCUGGCCCUCUGGUGGGUGUCUUCAAAGAAAACUGAAUGUCCUGAGUGCAGAAACACAUGGGAGGGAUUCCCCAAGGUUAACAUUUUGCUUAGGGAUGUUAUAGAAAAACUGUUCCCUGAUGCUAUCCAACAGAAAUAUAAGGAUGUUGAGGGAAAUCAUGAAAUCAUACAUGCUUUACAAGCAUUUAAUAACUAUGGUAAUGAACAAAACCAGACUUCAACUGGCAUGCAAGGAAACCAGCCCAGGGGAGGAGGUUUCUUUUCUGGUGUUCUGACAGCUUUAACCAGCGUGGCAGUUGUUCUGCUUGUAUAUCAUUGGAGCAGUAGGGAAUCUGAACAGGACCUUCUAGUACAUAAGCCAGUUGCAAAAUGGACAGCAGAAGAAGUAGUCCUCUGGUUAGAACAGCUGGGCCCGUGGGCCUCCCAUUACAAAGAUCUUUUUUUAUCUGGAAGGGUUAAUGGAAGGCUUCUUAUAACAUUAGCUGAGGAAGAGUUCUCUAAAAAUCCCUACAGUAUAGAGAAUAGCAGCCACAAGAAGGCUAUUCUCAUGGAGUUGGACAGAGUUAAAACUCUAGGUGUUAAGCCACCUCAGAAUUUAUGGGAAUAUAAGGCAGUGAACCCUGGGAAAUCCCUUUUUCUGUUAUAUGCACUGAAAAGCUCUCCUCGCCUCAGCAUGCUGUAUUUGUAUUUGUUUGAUUACGCAGAAACAUUUUUACCCUUCAUACAUACAACAUGUCCUCUGCAGGAAGAACAGAAAGAGCAAGAGGAAGAUCUUUUUGCCAAAUUUAUUGAUCUUCAAGAUCCAACUUGGAGACAGUGGAGAGAGUUCCUUGUGAAGUAUGUAUUUCUUCCAUAUCAGCUUAUCGCUGAGUUUGCAUGGGAUUGGCUGGAACUUCAUUACUGGACCUCCCGGUUUAUUAUUGUCAAUGCCAUGUUGCUUACAGUUCUUGAAUCAUUCUCAUUUUGGAAUUUGUGGUCACGAAGGGAGCUAAAGAACCUUCCUCAGCUGAUGUGGAGGCAUUUCUGGAAUAUGUCAACCCAUGGAAUAUUUGUUGCAAUCUUCUGGCCUGUGAUUCCUCAGUUUGUCUGCAACUGCUUCUUUUAUUGGGCUUUGUACUUUAACCCAAUUAUCAACAUUGAUUUGGUGGUUAAAGAAAUUAGACGAUUGGAAACCCAAGUAGUGUAAUUAGGAGGACUCAACACAAAUUAGGGCACUGAAUUUAUGAACAGAUUCCAUUUUAUAUCCACAAUGUUGUAUGGUCUCUUUUUAUUUCCUUAACAGGAUUUUUUAGCAUUCAAGAAGCAAUAUAAAGAUAAUAUAUUCCAGAUAUGACAUCCUUCUGGCAUAAAUAUAUUGCCAUCUUUGUUUUGAGAACAGAAUAAAGCAUUGAAAUUAGGAAAAA